AUGAGAUCAGAUGGCCACAACGGCCACUCUCCGGCCUCAUCGUCGGAGAGUUUCGACUUCUCGACGUCGACGGCCGCCGAGAGCGGCCAUCGGGAGAUCGAGCACCUGGCCCGCCAUGUCACGACGGCCUCCCAGCACCACGCGGCCAACGCCCACGUCGACGUCCUGAACCCUCCCAAAAACAGCUCCCUGGAUCCCAACUCGGCCAACUUCGACACCGCCGCCUGGACGAAGGCGUUCAUCAACCUCUACGAGUCCAACCCCAACGCGGCGCCCCACAGGCUGACGGGCGUCGCGUUCCGCGACCUCAGCGUCUUUGGCUACAGCUCCGGGACGCAGUACCAGAAGAGCGCGGGCAACAUCGCGCUCAGCAUGGCGUCUGAUGUUGUUGGGCUCGCAACGGGGCGGUCAAAGAGGCGAAUCGACAUCCUGCGCGACUUUGAAGGCCUCGUCGAGCCCGGGGAGAUGCUUCUCGUGCUGGGCCCUCCGGGAUCGGGUUGCUCCACGCUUCUCAAGACGCUGGCCGGUCAGACAGAGGGCCUGAACGUUUCCCAAGAGUCAUACAUGAACUUUCGAGGUAUCGAACCGAGACGCAUGCACGACUGGUUCCGGGGCGACGUUCUGUACAACGCCGAAGUGGACGUCCACCUGGCCCCCUUGUCGGUCGGAGACACGCUUGAGUUCGCAUCGAGGGCCAGAGUGCCGUCCUGGGUGCCAGGUGGGCUGACGAGCAACGAGUACGCCCGCGUCAUGCGCGACGUGAUGAUGGCGGCCUUUGGCAUCUUGCACACCGUCAACACAAAGGUCGGCAACGACUUCGUCCGCGGCGUGUCCGGGGGCGAGCGCAAGCGGGUCAGCAUCGUCGAAGCCGCGCUGACCGGCGCCAAGUUCCAGUGCUGGGACAACAGCACGCGUGGCCUCGACAGCGGUAACGCCAUCACCUUCUGCCGGAACCUCCGCACGCAGUCGGACUUGUUGAACGUCGCGGCUGUUGUGGCCAUCUACCAGGCGCCCCAGUCUGCGUACGAUCUCUUUGACAAGGUGACGGUAGUCUACGAGGGACGGCAAAUCUUCUUUGGCAAGAUUGACCAGGCGAAGAAAUACUUUGAAGACUUGGGGUUCCAGUGCCCUGAGCGACAAACCACGCCCGACUUCCUCACCUCGAUGACGUCCCCGAGCGAACGGCGGAUCAAGCCUGGCUACGAGCAUCUGGCGCCGCGAACCCCCGACGACUUCGCCGCGAGAUGGAAGCAGUCACAGCUCCACGCCGCGCUCAUGGCCGCCAUCGACGCCUACGACGGCGAGCACCCGCCACAGCAACGUCUCGGGGCGUUCGAGGAGAGCAUCAAGGCCGAGCGGAGCUCGUGGCAGCGGCUGAAGUCGCCGUAUACCAUCACGUACCCGCGCCAGAUCAAGCUGUGCCUCUGGCGGGGAUGGAAGCGCCUGGUGGCGGACCCCGAGUUCACAAUCUCCUCGCUCAUCUUCAACAUCAUCGUGGGGUUCAUCCUCGGCAGCAUGUUCUACAACCUGAAGCCCGAAUCCGGCACGUUCUACUACCGGGGCGGCUUGAUCUUCUUCGCCCUGCUGUUCAACGCCUUUGCCAGCGAGAUGGAGGUCCUCACUCUUUACACACAGAGACCGGUCAUCGAGAAGCACAACCGGUACGCGCUAUACCACCAGUCCGCAGAGGCCAUCUCCAGCUACAUCACCGAGUUGCCGUACAAAAUCACAAACAUCUUCACCUUUAACUCCAUUCUCUACUUCUUGGCCAACCUGAACCGCCAGCCGGGGCCCUUCUUCUUCUUCUGUCUCGUAUCCUUCACCGUCCUCCUGGCCAUGUCCGGGAUCUAUCGGACGAUGGCGUCCCUCGCGCGCACCUCGCAUCAGGCCAUGGUGCCCGUCACUCUCGUGACCAUCGGCGUCAUGAUGUACGCGGGCUUCACUGUCCCGACGUCCUACAUGCAGGGGUGGUCCCGCUGGAUGGGCUACAUCAACCCCCUGUCCUAUGCCUUUGAGGCACUCAUGGCGAACGAGUUCCAUGGCCGUGAGUUUCGGUGCAGUGGUAUGGUGCCCUCGGGAGCCGGCUACGACGACCUGCCUUUGACGGGUCGUUCGUGCGCUACCGUCGGAGCUGUGCCGGGAUCGGACAUGAUUAACGGCGACCGGUACAUCGAGCAAUCCUUUGGUUACUACAACGCGAACAAGUGGAGGAACGUUGGCAUUCUCUGGGCUUAUGUGGUCUUCUUCUUCAUCACUUACAUCAUUACUGCGGAAUAUGCCAAGCCGCCAAAGAGCGAAGGGGAGGUUCUCGUCUUCCGACGCGGCAAACUGCCGCCUGCCCUGAGCGAGAAAUCAGGCUUCGACGAAGAGGGGCAGUCUCGCGGGGUUACUGUGACGGAGAAAAUGUCCACGUUGCCGGCGGAGAAGAAGACAACCGAGACCCGGCCGAGGCCCAGCGCCUGUGGGAAGCCCAUCUUCCACUGGGAAGACAUCUGUUACGACGUCAAAAUCAAAGACCAGGACCGCCGCAUCUUGGAUAUGGUGAAUGGAUUCGUACAGCCCGGGGUGAUCACGGCUCUCAUGGGAGCAUCCGGUGCCGGGAAGACGACUUUGCUCGACGCUCUCGCAAACAGAGUUACCAUGGGUGUUCUCUCCGGUGACACUAUGGUGAACGGCCGACCAACUGACAGAUCGCUCUCCAACCGAGUGGGCUAUGUCCAACAGCAGGAUGUUCAUCUGGAGACCAUGACAGUUCGGGAAGCCCUCGAGUUCAGCGCCCUGCUGCGACAGAGCGCCGAGACGCCUCGCGAAGCCAAGCUGGCGUACAUCGACGAGGUGAUCGAUCUGCUCGAGAUGAAGGACUUUGUCGAUGCCGUAAUCGGAGUCCCCGGCCAGGGGCUCAACGUCGAACAACGCAAACGCCUGACCAUCGGCGUCGAGCUUGCGGCCAGACCGCAGCUCCUCGUCUUCCUGGACGAGCCGACUUCGGGCCUCGACUCCCAAACAUCCUGGGCGAUCUGCGACCUUAUCGAGAAGCUUGCCAAGAGCGGCCAGGCGGUCCUCUGUACCAUCCACCAGCCGUCCGCGAUGCUCUUCUCCCGCUUCCACCGGCUCCUCCUGCUGCAGCGCGGCGGCAAGACGGUGUACUUUGGAGAUAUCGGCGAGAACGCAAAGACCAUGAUCGAGUAUCUCGAGCGCAACGGCGCGCCGCGGUGCCCCGCCGACGCCAACCCUGCCGAGUGGAUGCUCCAGGUCACCGCCAUGUCUGAGGACGGCCCGGACUGGUACGACAUCUGGCGGUCGUCCCCCGAGUUCCGCGAGGUGAAGGAGGAGCUCCGUCUCCUGCGCGAACAGGCCGGGGGUCAGGGUCCCGUGGACGGGGCAGGCCAGGAGGUCCUUCACAAGGAGUUUGCGUCGUCCGUCUGGACGCAGUUCCGGCACGUCUUCGUGCGCACCGCGAAGCACUUCUGGCGGUCGCCGGUGUAUAUCUGGUCCAAGCUCACUCUGACGAUUCUUUUGGCGUUAUACAUCGGUUUCACAUUCAAGUCCGACAACAGCCUGCAGGGCCUGCAGAACCAGUUGUAUGCCUUCUUCAUGUGUCUCACCACCGUCAACGAGUUCAGCAAGCAGAUCAUGCCCAUGUUCAUUCCGCAGAGGGCGGUGUACGAGGUGCGAGAGCGGCCGUCGCGCGUCUACCGCUGGACCACCUAUUUCCUAUCAAACGUCGCCAUUGAGAUGAUCUGGAACACCAUCGCCGCCGUCGUCUUCUUCUUCUGCUGGUACUACCCGGCGCGGUUCACCCGCAACACGACGCCCGACGACGUGAGCAUCCGCGGCUUCACCGUCUUCCUCUUCAUCUGGAUGUUCUUCCUCUGGCUGAGCACCUUCUCGCAGCUGGCCAUCGCCGCCAUCGAGACGGCCGACCUCGCCAGCAUCCCGGCCAGCCUGUUCGCCAUCCUCUGCAUGUCCUUCUGCGGCGUCGGCGUCGUCCGCGCCGACCUGCCCGCCAUCUGGGCCGACUUCAUGUACUGGGUCAGCCCGAUGACGUACCUCGUCAGCGGCGCGCUGUCGACCUGCCUGCACGGGUCCAAGGUGGUCUGCACCGCCAAGGAGCUCGUGCGCGUCCCCGCGCCGGCGAACACGACGUGCGGCGACUUCCUCGGCCCCUUUGUGCAGGGCGCCGGCGGAUACCUCGUCGACGGCGCCGCGACGGACGUCUGCAGCUACUGCAGCAUGAACACGACGGACGACUUCCUGGCGCGGUUCAACAUCGAGUACGGCGACAGGUGGAGGAACUUUGGGCUCCUGUGGCUGUAUGUCGGGUUCAACAUCGUGGCCGCGUGUGGGCUGUACUGGCUGGUGAGGGUGCCCAAGGGCCAGGGAGUGAAGCGCAAGUAG